AUGGCGAUACCGACCGAUGCUGCCGCCUUACACGACAAAUUCGAGAACCUGGACGAUGAGGCCGUGUAUACUCGGGUCAAAUCUGAGGCUGCCAAUGACAGAGCCCUUAAUUUUAUCGUUGAAUUCGAUUUCCAUGAGGCCUUCAUCGCCUUCAAUCUAAGCUCUGAUGAUUUUAGUCUCCUCGACCGAAAACCCAAAGAGGGAAUGGUACGCUGGAUCAAUAUCUGGUCUCCGAGUACGCAAAAAACAGCCGUGGAGCGCGUCGGCGCCCAGUAUGGUUUUUCCAAGAGACUGCUUGCCAUCAUGACGGCUCCAGUCUUGUUUUCUGUCAGGCAGGCCAGCGUUACCCAGACUUCACCACAGGGAGAUGUCGAGAAGGGAUCGUCUUCUGACGGCCUCGGACCCCCGCCACCAGGACAGACACAGGCGCAAGUACUGGAAGAGCUCAAGAUUUAUCAAAUAGUGAAGGAGACAGUCAACUACACCUCUAUUGACCAAGGGAAACACUUUCUUUGCAUCGGUGCCAACUGGUUGCAUACCCGGCCUCCGUCUAAUGAUGCCGAACAGAGCCGAAGUCUGCUGCCACCGAGGCAUUGGUCAUGGCUUGCACUCUGUUCUGACUCCGUCGUGGUAUCCUUUCACGAGACGCCAUCGUCAGAACAACCCGAUGACGAUGAAUGGUCCAAAGCAGAGCUUGUCAACAUGAGGUCUAACACGAUCAGCGUAUUGUGUCAACUGUCCAAGCAUGGGGUGGAAGAUUUCGAACAAAGGCUCCUUUCACUGAAGCCGGUCAGGCAAGCAUUGCCUCGCUCAGAGCUCGACGGCGGCACUGCCCGCGAGGGCUCAAGCAAUCUUUUCUACUACCUGUUUGAAGAUUAUUCAUCGGCUCUACCCGUUCUUCGAAUUUCCAAGCAAGAGCUUGGUCGACUGAGCGAGCAAAUAUUGACGAGCUCGAGCCGAAGAAGCAAGGUCAAAACAGGGGAAAUAAUCCGAUCAUUGCACACAUUGAGAAAGGAGCUCAGCCAGCUCCAACACCUGUUUGAGGGUUAUAAAAGCCUCAUCAAGCGCAUCUGCUGGCCUCGGUCACUGGAUGCCUAUCGCGAGGGUCAGUGCGGACACCCAGUGUUAUCGAGCAGCAUUUCUAGCGAGGUGAACAUCUCAUCAUCAGCAAGGAGCCGCUUCGAACGCCUUGGAGACAGACUGCAGCUAUUGAUGCUCAACACGAUCCAGGAGUAUCUCGACGAGCAGAGCGCGCUUUCAGGCACGUACUUCAACCUUACGGCCCAAAGGGAUUCGCAAGCAACUGCCCGCCUCAGCAGGAGCGCUACUGUACUAGCCAAGCUGAGCGUAUUCUUCCUUCCCAUAACCUUCAUGACUAGUUAUUUCUCCGUAGAGAUACCCGGUCUGGUGGAACACUACACGCCCAGGAUGUACUGGAUCUGUUUUGCCGUGAUCGCCGGUUUCUCCUUCGUUAGUCUCUUUUUCUUCAGCCGCAUGCUUGAAAUCCUCAGCGACAUCCUCGAGGCUUGGGCCGACUCCGCGUCGCGAAGCAUCAGGCACUGUGUUGGACUCCAGGUACUGGAUGAUAGAGACGAACAUGAAUAG